CUGGUUUCCAUAGUACAAGCUCUGUUUAAUUUGGGAUCAGAUGGCCGUGUGUGCAUAAUGUCCCAGGAUAUUAUUAUUACUAUGUUCCGUUUGAAGGGUGAGUCAGUUUAAUCACAGGCACAAACGAAAAAGCAAGAUUGUUUCUUAUAAUGCCAGAGUCAAUAGGCGGAGUAACAGCUUACCAUCAAAUGUCCCAUUUGCAAGGAUACUGUAAAAUAUAUAAUGAUAAUAAAUCCUUCCGACAGAUGAAACCGUGGUCAGCCCACGAACAAGAUACGACGCUGUCUUGCUGCAGAACGUUGCACGUUAAACACGCAGCCUACGCAAGUGCUUUGUACACUUUAAAUAUAUCAAUCCUGGUAGUGCUGCUAUACAGUUGGCGGAUUGGUGUCAACGCCAAAAGAUACAAAGAACUUGACGAUGUUUAUUACGGUGUUCAGAUAGCGUAUUUUGCAAUCAUUGGAACACAAAUGUUUAUGAUUGUGCUCAGCAUAUUCCUAUUUUACGGAAUUUAUAAAGAAAACGUCGCUUUUCUCGUUCCAUGGGUAGUGGGGUGCAUGACCUUCAUGGCUUUGGAGGCGAUGGCAAUGGUGUACUCCAACAUACUACGGGAUCACGUUAAUAAACAAUUCGACGCGAUGUGCAAAGCGGAAAUAUCAUUUUUAAUUCCGAGAAUUCUUCUGAAUUGUCUAUGCAUAUGGUGCGUAUUGCGAUUGUACCACCUCUUAAGAGCCGGUAUCACGUGGAAGGGUACCGCGGCUAUCGAGCUGUGACUAAUGCGUCAUCCAGACGUCCGAAUAGACUCGCCUAGCCGCCCCCCUCCCUGUGAAACAAGUCUCCUACUCGGCGGGGCGGAGAGCGACACUGACGCGAGUUUGCACUCACUAUGACACAAAUAAGUUCUUGCAGUUAGUGUGAAUUUUGCUCGUAAUACGUAUAUCCGGACUUCUGAUAUUGGAAAAUGAAACCGUACGAAAG